AUGGCCUUGAGGGGUACGAAAGGGUCAGAGUUUAAGGAAAAUAUUCCAAUUAAUGUGAAGGUGAAGAGCAAAUUGCAAAAGGCGACAACUAGCAAAAUUUACAGCAAGAAGAAACGUGUAGCGUUGAAAACGAAAGAACCCGUCGAAGAUAAUGUUGCUCAUUGUACAUCUUCUAGUCCAUCUUGUACAAAGUGUUCAACACCAGAGUCGAAAGUUAAAACACCAACACGGACAACUUGUUUUAUAUGCAAGGAAACCGGUGGAGAGCUUUUAAAUUGUGGAGGAUACUUGGACGGGUUGGUCAUUAAUCGAUCCAAAAAUCGCAUAAAGUGCCAAACUGUCUUCCAUACAGAUUGCUUAUACAAUUAUAAUGCUGCCGAUUAUUGUGCGGAGUAUAUCAAGCUACCUGAAUGCCAAAACGAAAUACUCUGUCCGCUUCAUAUGUGUAAUACAUGCUACAGCGAAAGAUAUAAGCAGUCGGCCUUCACAAAUAGACUGAUUCAAUGCAUAUUUUGCAUGCGCUCAUUCCACUAUGAUGUAUGCUGUCCUACUGGUAGCAAAGACGUUCAAGCGUUCAUCGAUGCUGAUGAUCCUAAGCCAAUUGAAAUGCUGAUAUGCCCAUCACAUUUUGAGGAACCAUUGAAGUCCGGAUCACACAUUCCAGUGUGCUUCGAGUGCGAAAACGACGCCUCCGAAGAAACUCUCGUCAAUUGUCCCAAAUGUGUUCGCUCGUUUCAUGCUUCAUGCAAAUCCGUCAAGCUCAUCAACGGAAUUCCUGUUCCGGACGAUAUUUGCGAGUUUUGCCUCUUUCAAGAAGUUAUUCGAUAUGACACUCCGGUAAUGGCAAGAUGGAAUGGAAAAGCUUACUUUCCGGCGAUUACCAGAGAAUGGAAAGAUUGCCCAAAUCAGCUAAGAAAAUCGAUAAAUUAUGACAAGUUGGGAUAUACAACCGUGGAGUGGUUAGGCGAUGGAAAGAAUUUUUCUAUUUGUCCCAUAAAUGAGAUUUUUCCGAUGCUGCCGAAUUCAGUUCAGAUUUUUGGAAAGAAUUUUUCGAAAUCAUUGAAAAAUCAAAUGCAAUCACAUAUUGACAAAUACAUGAAUAGAUCGAGUAGGUUUCAAGCAUUGAAAGAUGUAAAGAAAAAAACUGAUACUUCGCGAUAUCACACAAAGAACGAUGUUGGAGCUUAUUUUAAUGAAGCAUUUAAAUGCGAUUGUAAAGCAGAUGGGGUAAAGAGAUGCUCUACGGUGGAGUGUAGCAACCGCUCAUUGAUGGUUGAGUGUCUACCGGAAUGCCACGACAAUGGUACCUGCCACAAUCGGUGCGUCUCGGACAAAAUUGUCAACAAAAAAAUUGAACGUCGAGUUACCGAAAAAAAGGGUUAUGGAGUAUUCGCGACUGAAACUAUCAAGAAGGGCGAGUUUAUAGCGGAAUACGCAGGAGAAAUCAUAAGUAAAGCCGAAAAAGAGCGUAGAAGUGAAACGCUUCGUCGUGCACGCGACAAAGAAGCCAAUCUUUACAUGAUGGAACUAACGAAAGGACGGGCUGUAGACGCAUCUAAAAUGGGCAAUAUAGCUCGUUAUAUUAAUCAUUCGUGCGAACCAAACUGUAAAGUUAUCAAUUUAAUGAUAUACGUAUCGAGUGUGAAACAAUACGAUAUCCGACCCGCAUUGUACGCCGAUAAAGACAUUAAGAAAGAUGAAGAACUUUGCUUUAACUACGGCAUGUCGGCAAAAUUGGAAAAUAUGACAGCGCCAGCAUGCAAUUGCGGAUCAGCAAAGUGUUGUGGUACAUUGGGAUCUAAAAGUCAAGAGCCAACUUCUGACGCUAAAAAAACUAAAGAAGCUCGAAAACUGCAUAACAAGACGAAUGCGAAGACAAAAAGUUUAAAACGGAAGAAUCGAAAAAAUGCGCCGAAACAGCUUAAAAAAGCGAAAAUUGAUGCGACAAAAAAAAGAGCGAUUCAUACGACAGGCGCCCCGAAGCACUUUGAAAGGGUCGCUCAAAAUUUGCUCGAAAAACGCACUGCUCAUGAUCAUAGCACGUGUGAUCUUCGAAUCGAGCUCAAACAUGGAGUUGAUAUGGUUCAUUCUGCAAUCGUCGCGGCACAUUCGAACACCUUGUCGACCAUGCUUGAGAACACUUGUCCGCCUUAUCCAUCGUUUGAUAUGACAUUAUUCAAUGCGGACAGUGUUCGAAGGGUCAUCAAUUGGAUGUAUUCAGGAGAGAUUGACGUUCCAGGACAUGAUUUGAAGGAAGACUUGACAGUCGCCGCAUACCUUCGAGUACCGCUCCUUCAGAGAGAAUUCGAGCAACAUUUGAAGAAAAUUGCCGAACAAGGCGAUUAUGUUUUUGCACUGAAUGUUGCAUCGAGCCAUCAAUAUUCUGUAUCAACAGAAACUAUGAAGUUUCUUGUGAUGCAAUUAUACAACAAUAUGCCGAAGCUGACCACCGCUGUUCUUCAGUCUCUCGAACUGAACGCCAUUGUCGCUAUGGCUGCUUCCCUUCUUCCGAGUCCAAUCAAAGUUCCAUUACUUAACUUAGCCAUUAAAUGGCUCAAUCUUCGUAAAUAUAACAGAAACGCUAUCAACAGCAUUGUUCACGGCAUGAUAAUCAGCGAUUUGACAUGCGAAUCGCUCUACAAUAUUAAAUGCUCUCUUCUUCAAUAUCUCUUAAAUCCACGUCUUUGUCAACGCACAGUAUUGUCUCAAACUCAAGACGGACAGAUCUCUAUCAAUUUAGAAGAUAGAGCAUCGCAUGCGCAUCGAUCAAGCUCGACUAGUUGCCUUGAACCGUCACAGCCACAAGAAAUCGAUAAACCAAAAAGCCGGAGCCAGAAGCUGACCGGAAUUAGAAGAACACAGUCUGAAGUGGACAUGGUCAAUGCGUUGCCUGAUCCAUUCGACAAAAAUUUUUCGAUUCCUAAUGGAAAUCAAAUCGUCUAUUAUCGUCGCGGGACCGAUGGUUACCCGAAAGUAUUCACGAAAAGCGAAGUUGAUUUGCUUCAAAAUAUGGAUGAUCCGUUUGAAAAGUCAUCAAAACCGAAAGUUUCCAAAUCAAAGUCGAAAUCUUCGACGUCAUCGCGAAUUCUGGGACGAACGAAAAGCCAAAUUGACGACAUUCAAAAAAUUCCCGAUCCAUUUCAAAAUACUCCGCGUCGAACCGAGAGCGAAGAGAACAUGAUUCGCAAUAUUCCGAAUCCAUUUCAUCGUCAAAAUAUUGCGCAACGAUCGCUUGCUGAAAUCAAAGCAAUUAAUGCUCUUCCUGAUCCAUUUACGAAGAAAGUCGGAAGCAAUAGCAAUUCCAACAAUGUAAAAAAGUGUAAUCGAAGGAUUCUGGGGAGAACUAAAAGCGAAAUUGAGGAUAUUCAGAAUCUCUCAGAUCCAUUUGAAAAAUCUGAAUAUUACCGCGUUCCUUCGACCAACAAUCGUGGAUGUCUUUCGACGUGCUCGAACAAAUCCUUCUUACAAGCACAAUCGCCAAAACCGUUAUUGAGAAUGCCAUCCGACUGUAACGGUUCCGUUUUUGUAUUUGUACUUCAAACGUCCCCAAUUAAAGACCGCCCGGAUUUCGUCGUUUCCAUGUCGACAGCGGUUUCAAGCCCGCGACCCACUAUAAAUGCCGUCGAUCAAUUCGACGAGCUCAAAAAGUUCGAAGAGUCGACGUAA